AUGUUGAAAUAUUGUUAUUUGCUCUUCUUUUACCUCUUUACAUUGUGCUCGGCUGAGCCGGCACAAUUUUGCAAGUAUGGCUACGGCGACAACCAAGUCGACUUCUGUAGCGGCUUCACCUUGCACCGCAACGAGUCUACAAAUGAGCAUAACGUCUAUGUCACAUUUACUCAUACACGUCCGAUGAAAUCAGCCAAAGGAUGGUCUGCAAUUGGAUUUGGCGAAGAAAUGAAAGGGUCGCUUAUGGUGAUUGUCUAUGGCGACCCCGCGUCUGGAAAGUCGCCGAUUGUGAGCGUGCGUGCCUCAAAGGGCCAUUCACAGCCAACGCUGGUGAAGAAGAAUGAUUUUGGAGGAGGAGAUCUUCGAGUGUUGAGCUCAAGUUGGAAAAUGAACGAUUCCCCAGCAGGAACUGUUACGGCAAUGGUGUCGCUGGUGUGCUACUCCUGCACAAAGUGGCCGGGCACAACUAUCGCCGCAAAGACCACAUCACAGCCGCUGAUCUGGGCUUGGAAUGCAGUGCAAGAGUUUGAUACCUUUACUUAUGAUGUACAUCUCAAGAUGCACAAACAUCACGCUGGAAACGGCGGCUGGGGACGCUUCUACGUUAACAUGGAGCAUGCUACUAGCAAGGUCCCCCAUCUACCAUCUGUGCCGUUCAUCCGCCCUGGUGUCACCAUGUAUGCUGCCUCUGAAGACCCUGAUAUCCUUGCCAAUGGCAUUCUGAAUGCUAUGAAGAAGUGGACGUUGAACAACCGCGCUUUACACAUUCACGGUGCUCUCAUGGCUGCUGCAUUCCUCCUAUUCAUCCCAUCUGGUGUGUUGGCUAUGCGAUCAGGUAGCCCAAAGUCUUUCAAAUAUCACUGGAUCAUCCAGUUAACAGCUGCAAUUACCAUACUAGGCGGCAUGGGUGUCGGACUGACACUACAGAAGAAGAUCAAUACUGCCCACCAGAUCAUUGGCUUGACAAUCGUGGGUCUGCUUUUCGUGCAAUCCUAUCUGGGAUACAAGCAUCACAUGGACUUUAUCAAGAUCCAUAAGCGCACAUGGAUCUCACAUAGCCAUAUCUGGACAGGGCGGGGAGUAAUGAUCGCGGCUAGUGGCAACUUGCUUCUCGGAAUGUCCAUGACAGGCUACCCAAGAGCAAUCAUGUCUAUGGCGGCUGUGUUUAUUGUUUUGGAACUAUGUGGCCUUUCCUUUUACGUUUGGCGAAGAGGCAAGAUUGCAGCGCGACGCCGCGAUGAAACGGAGGAGGCUGCACAGAGCCUACAGUCUCAUCGCUACUUCACAAUAUCGGAGGAUACUGAUGAAGAGGCAAGCGAUACAGAAGAAAAAGAUAUUUGAGAACGUCAUAUAAUGUAUUUCAUAAAUAA